AUGGAUGAAAACCACCAAAAGGCAUGCACCUACAUCCGCGAAGCUGCCUCCCAAGGUGCUCAUCUAGCUGUUCUCCCAGAAUAUCAUCUAAACGCCUUCCCACCCACAAACCCCCUCUACCUCCCCCAAACCAACUCCCAAAUAACCACCAAAUACCUCCAAUCCUACCAGUCCCUCGCCAAAGAGCUCAACAUCUGCAUCGUCCCGGGUACAAUCGUCGAAAACCACACUCCCACCAGUGAAAAUACGAAUACGAAUACCGACACCCAACCCAAAGACCCAAUUCUCUACAACACAGCCUACUUCAUCUCCAACGACGGCACUAUCCUCUCCUCCUACCGAAAAAAGAAUAUCUGGCACCCAGAACGCCCAUACCUAACUUCUUCGGGUUCCGAUCCCCACGAAGUCUUCGAUACACCCAUCGGCAAGGUCGGGUUGCUUAUAUGUUGGGAUUUGGCUUUCCCGGAGGCGUUCAGGGAGUUGAUUGCUGCUGGGGCGGAGGUGGUGGUUGUUCCUACUUUUUGGACUCAAUACGAUGCCUCACCUGCGCUGCGGGCGAAGAAUCCCGAUUGCGAGAAGCUGUUUCUGGAGUCGGUGCUUACGGCGAGGUGUUUUGAGAAUACGUGUGGGGUUGUGUUUGCCAAUGCGGCGGGGGAGAACGAGGGGGAUGGAUUCCUGGGAUUGUCGAGGGUGACCAUGCCUGGGGUUGGUGUUGUGGGGUCUCUGGGGUGGGAGGAGGGGGUUUGUGUGGUGGAUCUUGAUAUAGGGUUGAUUCGGGAUGCCGAGGAGAAUUAUCGGGUCAGGGAGGAUUUGGGGAGGGAGGGCUGGUAUUAUUCUUAUCGGCAUCAGGGGAGGGAGUAG